CGCAGCGUGAUUACCGUCAUCUACUACAAUGGCGGAAACACUGAAGCCGAGUGGAAGUCCUGCUCCCUCUAAUGAGCUCAGCAAAAUGUCCAGCUACAAGGACUGCAUGUGUGUGAUACUGAAGCUGUUAGCAGACUUCGGCGAAGAGCUAAAAGUAGGUGGUGCUUCUUUGAGAAUACAAGUUCAGUUGGAUGCUGUGGAUCUUCCGUCACCUUCAGUGGGUCAUGUGUACAGCUGUUUACAGCAACACAUCACUAAAUUACAGGCUGUUUCAGAAAGCCUAAAGACAUUGGUGGAUGCUGACAGAAAUGUGUCAUCUGCAAAGGACAACAUGCCAGAAGAUGCAGUUGCCUCAUUUUCCCUUAAAGAGCAGACAGCUGCCCCGCCUGAACACUGUCGUCAUGACUCAGAGGCUGGAGAAAGCAAGACGACAACAGCGGCAGCAGCUGAUGACAUCAUGGUGCAGAUCAGAGCUGGGAAGUCAGAGAUUGAGCGGAGAAUAUCUGCAUUUAUGGAACGCAAGCAGAUGGAGAUCAAUGAAAACAAUGUGCGAGAGUUUUGCAACGUGAUCGACUGCAAUCAGGAAAACAGCUGUGCCAGAACUGAUGCUGUGUUCACUCCAUAUCCCGGUUUUAAAAGCCACGUUAAAGUUACUCGGGUGGUGAACACAUAUGGGCCCCAGACUCGCAGCGGCGGCAGUGGUGGUCAGUUAGAGGCAGGAGAGCAGAACAAGGGUCCGGUGACCAGAGACUGCGGGAACUCGGCCAUAGAAGAACGACUUCACAAUAUUGAGACUCACCUCAAACUCCCAGCUGUGGGUCCAGUUCCUCUGAGUGUGUACCACAGAUUAAAGAAGCUGGAGGAUCGCAUCCUAGAACUGGAGGGUCUCUCACCUGAAUACUUCCAGUCCACAAGUCACCUGCACAAGCGACCAAAGACAUCCCAAGCUCAGGAGUGCAGCCUGACGGAGCUCGAUGAGAAGAUCAGUGCCGUGAAAGCAGCGCUGUUGAAGAGGGUCAGUGAGUUUGGACCUGGAUAUGGACCCGAUUGUCCACUGUAACACACCAUGUACAGACACAUCUGCCAAUGCUCCAAACACAUCUGUGAAUGUAUUUAUACAGAACUUUGUUUUUGUUUUUUUUAGCUCAGUUCUCACCUUGUAUAUGACCUACCAAUCCCAUAAUAAUUUCAUGGUUAUGAGAUUUCUUUCUGAAUAUCAGAAUAGAUACUGUAUUUCUCUUAAUAGUUUCAUUUAGAUUAAAUACAUUCUCUGAAAAUAAAGGUUUUGUUUUUUACAGUAAA